AUGGCUACAGCAAGCGGCAAUUGCAACCACGGCGGCGCCGGUUCAGGUAUGUUGAGUUGUUUACAAGUCAUUUUCAAGAAUUUUCUGACAACAUGUUACUUUGUAACUUUGUGUGUUUUAAGUGGUUUGUUACAUUGUUGCAUGCCUUCCAUUGAAAGGAGGGCCCUGAGUAUAUUCUGCUUGUGUAACGUAGCUCUACAGUGGGCUGUCUUGUCUUGCCAAUCAUCUCCAUAAAACAGACAUCUCAUUUUAGGGACAAAAUUAGUGGUGAAUAAUCGUGAAUAAAUGCAUUAGUAACAUUGUAUAACACAGUAACAUUGUAUAACACAGUAACAUUGUAUGAGGUUGACGCAGCAGUAUCAACAAUGUUUUGUUACAAUGUUUCCAAACACUGACUGGAAGAAGCGUUAUUGCAGAAAUGUGUACCAUCCACUCUCUUUAGUCAGUUAUCACCUAAAUGUAUUGUUUUUAAUCAUGUGAUCGCUGUUGCUGGACAAGUCAUGCAGCUUUGAUGUGUGCAAUAUGAGUCUUUGUGUGUGUGCUAUUCCUGAAUCAUGAAUGAUGCAUUAUUUCCCAUAGAAACUAGUAGCAUAUCCAUUCAAAUAACCAAGAUGCUGAUAGUCACAAUGGCACAAUUAUUAUUGUAUUUUUUUACAUUUAAUAGAUAGGGGAGAGUGGGGUAAGUUUUUUAAAAAGUAGAGUAUGUAAAUAUUCAUUCUAGCAAAUAUAUAUACAUAUAAUUUAUUUCAGGAUGUUGUGUAUGCCUGUAAAUAAUCAGAAUGUAAAUAUUAGUUUUGAAAUCAUAGCUUGUCCAAAAAAAGUGGUCUCUUGGCACAGCUUACCACGGGUAUGGGGUAAGUUGUGCCGUGGGACAGGGUAAGUUGAGCCACCUACAAAUUAUCACUACCUUUUUAAAAACCAUGUCCAAACACAAUUCAAAACAAUCACAAUAGCUUUUUUUGUCUUUUAAUCAUUUUACACAUCUAUUAACACAGUGUUAUCACCUAACAAACAUUUUGUAUAUUUUAAAUACUUUUAACAUAAGCCAGGCCCUGGUGUUACCUCAUAUCCCAGUGAUUAUGCCUUGCAUUACUACGCCUGGGAAGAAAACACUUCAAUUUGCUUAACUUGCCAUUGGCUCAAUUUACCCCAUUGCCAUUGGCUCAACUUACCCCAAGGCAAACACAACUACAAGGAUGUACUUUCAUGCUAGGUUUAGGGCCUCAUAUUAAAGCUUAUAGAGACCCCAAAUGAUGUAUAGAACAAUCUUUAAAAUAUCUGCUUUGGUUUAUAUGCAAGCAUCAUGAAACCUCUAACACAAUCAAUUCAUUUGAGUUGGUGAAAACCAGUUUGUUCGACCUAACUUGCUUACCACUUUUUCCAUGUGGUUUCUUCCUCCACAGACUCCAUGAAAUCAUGACUUCUUCCUAAAUAUUUGGUCAAAUUAUACAUUUUGUGUAUGGUUUCCUAGAAACAAGAGAUGGCUCAACUUACCCUUUGGCUCAACAUACCCCACUCUCCCCUACAGACAUUCUGGAUGAAAUAGGCAAAGAUGGUUGGCUUUAUGUUGACAUGCUGCUGACAGAGUUGGCCAAUAACAGUUUACACUUGUCAAGUUUGGGGUAAGAAAUUAUACCUGAUGGCCACUUAAAGCAAGGGACAUUUUAGCCUUGAAAUUGUUCUAUUCUAUCCCACCAUUGCAGUCAAUGCUGUACUUCAAUUCUCAUGAGUCUUGAUUUAAGCAUUUCCCCUAAAUUUCAGGGUUCGUUCUAUCCAGGAUCCUUGGGACUCCAAUGGGGUGAAGUCCGAUCCCGUUUAGACUUUUCCUAAAUUCUAGAGCGUUGGAAGCUGAAAGAAACUAUUGUUUCAUGAGCCCCCUCCAAGACCCCAAAGACCCUGACUACUCUUGCUCCCUCCCAUCACCAUAGCAUGUCUGCCACAUUUAAACCAGACUGACCCAGUUUCUCCAUCUACCAUACUCUGUGAUAACCUCCCUCCACUCAGUUUCAUAACUUCCUCUCACGUGUCGUAGUCUACGGUGCCCAUAUGACUGUGGGCAUAGGCUUUCACUUCUGCACUUCUCUGUGUGUGGUUCAGGGGUUUUGAAAAUGUCUUGUAAGCACUCAAGCAGUUAUCAAGCAUUUUCUUUCUCAUGCCAUAGUAUACUUUAAACUCAUUGUUUACAGUACUUCAUUUGUGGUCUCAUACAUGGCAUAUUAUGAAAUUAUUCACCACACCUUUAACAAGUGAUGUGGGGCCAUACUUGCGAACAUUAGAAACAGUUUAAAUGUAAACCUUUUCUCCGUCUCAAAAUCUGCAUCAGCCAAUUACAAAUGUUGACAUAGUUGGACGUGACCGGAGAUACUGGAUAUAAUGACGAGAUGCGUGUCUCCGCCGUAACAAUGGGAUUCGUUGUCCUCAGAGCGGAACGGCAGGCUGUCAAGCUCCCGCCUAUUCCUCUCUUUGGAUUGGUGGAACAUCUCGUUAUUUGAAUACUUUUUUGAAUUUUCGAUGAGAGGUGUUGAUGUCAAAUGCCUGUAUUCGAUGGAGAGUGAGAUAAUAUGCUAUCUUCAAGAAUAUACAUUGACCGUCUAGAAUUUCAACGGGGACAACUCCGAGAUAGUGUUUUUUUCUCAAAGUUGCCGGGAUGUCAGGUGCAUCACACUUCUAUCAGUACACUUGUAACAACCAAAGCAUUAUGAAACUUCUAUUAGAUCAAAUAAGCCUCAUGUAUCUAAAUAGCAAUAAAAAAAAUGUGACUAAAUUCGACAUUCUCUCAUUUCCCCACAUACAAAACUCCUCACUUGCUUAAUAAUGAAUGAUCUGCUUAUGUGGACAGAUUUUAGGCGGAGUAAACCCUCUCGCUUCGCCUCUUCCUCCCUGACGUGACUGAACACUUUUUCAUGAGAGCGUCCUUAACAUAAGUCACAUGGCACCAUCUGCUAAUCAAAGUUACUAAAACACGCACAAAAGUUCAAUUGGACAGAUAGCUCACAGUGUUGCGAGCCAGGUUUCUGGUCAUUUUUAGCUGUUUGCGAUGUUCAAAUCCCAGGUGAAUUUUUCCUUUGAAAUGUAGAAUUACAUUUAUUUAUUUUUACAUAUUGUGUUUCGAAGGGUUCGGCUAAAACCGUGUUCAGACCCCUUGGCUUUUUCCACAUUUUGUUACGUUACAAUGCUAAAAUGGAUUAAAUGUUUUUUUCCCUCAUCAAUCUACACACAAUACCCCAUAAUGACAAAGCGAAAACGGGUUUUUAGACAUUUUUGCAAAUUUAUAAAAAAUACAAAACCGAAAUACCUAAUUUACAUAGGUAUUCAGACCCUUUGCUAUGAGACUUGACAUUGAGCUCAAGUGCAUCCUGUUUCCAUUUAUCAUCUUUGAGAUGUUUCUACAACUUGAUUGGAGUCCACCUGUGGUAAAUUCAAUUGAUUGGACAUGAUUUGGAAAGGCACACACCUGUCUAUGUAAGGUCCCACAGUUGACAGUGCAUGUCAGAGCAAAAACCAAGCCAUGAGGGAAUUGUCCAUAGAGGUCCGAGACAGGAUUGUGUCGAGGCACAGAUCUUGGGAAGGGUACCAAAAAAUGUCUGCAGCAUUGAAGGUCCCCAAGAACACUGUGGCCUCCAUCAUUCUUAAAUGAAAGAAUUUUGGAACCACCAAGACUCUUCCUAGAGCUGGCCACCACUGAUGUUUCAGUUAUUGUUUUGUUUAUUUUUUUUAAAUAUUCUAAAAACCUGCUUUUGCUUUGUCAUUAUGGGGUAUUGUGUGUAGAUUGAUGAGGGGGGAAAAAAACAAUUUAAUCCAUUUUAGAAUAAGGCUGUAACCUAACAAAAUGUGGAAAAAGUCAAGGGGUCUGAAUACUUUCAGAAUGUACUGUAGUUUAACGUGACUGUUAGAUCAAAAACACCACUUAAUUUCUUAUGUAGGCUACACUUACAUGUACAACGUUUUCUAUACAUUACUAUUAGGGCUGACCCCAUUUAGUCGACUGGUUUGGUCAACCGUGAUUUUCUUUUUUGUAGAGCAGUGGCAAAUAUAUUAAAACAAAUUAUGGCACAAGAGACACGUCUGAUUCAAGCCGGUCUGAGUGGACUAAUCCAAUGUGGAGAUGUACACCAGUAUCACCAGUAGUACAUUUACCGUUAAUUACCAUCAUUUUUAAUCUACAAUGUUUGAUUGGUUAUGGUCAUUUCUGUUAAUGCAUUCAAUAUACACUGCUCAAAAAAAUAAAGGGAACACUUAAACAACACAAUGUAACUCCAAGUCAAUCACACUUCUGUGAAAUCAAACUGUCCACUUAGGAAGCAACACUGAUUGACAAUAAAUUUCACAUGCUGUUGUGCAAAUGGAAUAGACAACUGGUGGAAAUUAUAGGCAAUUAGCAAGACACCCCCAAUAAAGGACUGGUUUUGCAGGUGGUGACCACAGACCACUUCUCAGUUCCUAUGCUUCCUGGCUGAUGUUUUGGUCACUUUUGAAUGCUGGCGGUGCUUUCACUCUAGUGGUAGCAUGAGACCGAGUCUACAACCCACACAAGUGGCUCAGGUAGUGCAGCUCAUCCAGGAUGGCACAUCAAUGCGAGCUGUGGCAAGAAGGUUUGCUGUGUCUGUCAGCGUAGUGUCCAGAGCAUGGAGGCGCUACCAGGAGACAGGCCAGUACAUCAGGAGACGUGGAGGAGGCCGUAGGAGGGCAACAACCCAGCAGCAGGACUGCUACCUCCGCCUUUGUGCAAGGAGGAGCAGGAGGAGCACUGCCAGAGCCCUGCAAAAUGACCUCCAGCAGGCCACAAAUGUGCAUGUGUCUGCUCAAACGGUCAGAAACAGACUCCAUGAGGGUGGUAUGAGGGCCCGACGUCCACAGGUGGGGGUUGUGCUUACAGCCCAACACCGUGCAGGACGUUUGGCAUUUGCCAGAGAACACCAAGAUUGGCAAAUUCGCCACUGGCGCCCUGUGCUCUUCACAGAUGAAAGCAGGUUCACACUGAGCACAUGUGACAGACGUGACAGAGUCUGGAGACGCCGUGGAGAACGUUCUGCUGCCUGCAACAUCCUUCAGCAUGACCGGUUUGGCGGUGGGUCAGUCAUGGUGUGGGGUGGCAUUUCUUUGGGGGGCCGCACAGCCCUCCAUGUGCUCACCAGAGGUAGCCUGACUGCCAUUAGGUACCGAGAUGAGAUCCUCAGACCCCUUGUGAGACCAUAUGCUGGUGCGGUUGGCCCUGGGUUCCUCCUAAUGCAAGACAAUGCUAGACCUCAUGUGGUUGGAGUGUGUCAGCAGUUCCUGCAAGAGGAAGGCAUUGAUGCUAUGGACUGGCCCGCCUGUUCCCCAGACCUGAAUCCAAUUGAGCACAUCUGGGACAUCAUGUCUCGCUCCAUCCACCAAUGCCACGUUGCACCACAGACUGUCCAGGAGUUGGCGGAUGCUUUAGUCCAGGUCUGGGAGGAGAUCCCUCAGGAGACCAUCCGCCACCUCAUCAGGAGCAUGCCCAGGCGUUGUAGGGAGGUCAUACAGGCACGUGGAGGCCACACACACUACUGAACCUCAUUUUGACUUGUUUUAAGGACAUUACAUCAAAGUUGGAUCAGCCUGUAGUGUGGUUUUCCACUUUAAUUUUGAGGGUGACUCCAAAUCCAGACCUCCAUGGGUUGAUACAUUUGAUUUGCAUUGAUCAUUUUUGUGUGAUUUUGUUGUCAGCACAUUCAACUAUGUAAAGAAAAAAGUAUUUAAUAAGAUUAUUUCAUUCAUUCAGAUCUAGGAUGUGUUAUUUUAGUGUUCCCUUUAUUUUUUUGAGCAGUGUAUUAUUAUUACAGUCUUACCGUUGUCAUUGUCGGAAUGGACACGUUGUUUGCAGAGUGCAUAGCCUAGGCUACACUUGUGAGAAACAAGUUUUGGUUUAUUUCAUUCCAUUUACGAGUUGUCAAUUCUGAUUGUCUUAACUCACCAUCACUGUGGAGCUUCUCAAAGUAAUUUUUUCUUUGCCUCAAACAGCAAGUAAACAAAGUCUGUUUUUACAUCCAUUGAGAAUGACAAUAGUUACUCAACAUAGCCUAUUUGAAAAAUCUUUCCAGCUCUCUUCCUUUCGAUUAGCCUGCCACUCAGCAUGAAAGGGGAAAAAAUGUAAUGCUCUGAUCCGGUGGAAACGUCAUAAAAUAGGCCUACGUGAUUACUUCUUAUACCUUGCACAAAAUAGCCUACAGCUGUGUCUGUCUGUCCGGAGCUCACUGGCAGGAAACUCUGAGGACCCAGAAUAUUUUAUGUGAUUUAUAGGAUAUUUACUUUCACCAGGAUAUUUUCUACCUGCGGGCUGCAAUGUUUUAAUUGUUGGCUUUAUGUAGACUAUUUUUACAUAUUGGCAAUGGCAAUAGAAGUUACUUUUAGAUUUGUAUCAUUUUCAUUUAGAAUUUUGAUUAACCACAUGACAUUGAUUUUGAGAUAUGAAGACAUUAUUAUAAAUUAAAUUAAACUGUUCCACCAAAAUGUGCAUAUGUAAAUCAUAACUGGCACAAAUAUUAUUAGAAAUGGCAGGAUAACUUGGCACUCCAAAUGGAAAAGGUUACCGACCGCUGGUGUAGCCUAUUACCGGCAACUUCAGGAGCGUAAUGGCAGAAUCUGGGAGGGCCAGCAGCAGCGGGCAGCGGGAACAGGUUUUUCUUCUUCUGGUUAGGACAUAUUGAUCUCUGGCUCCCUCUUUAGUAAUUUGUGUGUCUUCAUUUUUAAUUGCAGUGCUUAAAUAUCAGACAAGCUCAGUAGCCUGCAUAGUUGAUUUUAUUCAAACAUGGAAAAAUACACGUUUUAAAAUGUUUACCAAUAUAUUUGUCGAAAGAACAGACGACUCUCGGUCGCCCAAUAUUUUUUGAAAUCGGUGACAACCCUAAUUAUUAUAAUCAUCCACUUCGUCACAUAUACGUUUUGGAUCAAACAUGAAGGACAGUUUUUUUUCCUCAACAAAAAAGCUUGUUGCGAGGUGGGCUCAAACCCAUGGUUAAAGUGCGCUAUCGAUUUCGAGUCAACCGCUUUAGCAGUAUGUGCCACAUAGAAGCAAUGGUAAUAAUGGUACAUUACUUGUUUUUUUCACGAUGUACGAUAAACGUACGUUGUAAGGACCUCAUUUAUCUUUUUUACAUGAAAGCACAUAGAUGUGUGUGAAACAGAUGAGAAAAAGCGUUAACAUUUUGUCUAAUGUUAGUACUAGUAGCUAGUAGCCUAGUCAAAGGUGCAUCAAUGCAAUAUUGGCACAUGACAUUGUUACACACGAAUGGAACAAAAGUAAACUUUGAAUUUAUAGGUUUUAAAUAUCCCUCUGGUGUCCAGGGUUGACCUAUUUUAACAAAUGCCAUUGGUUGGUGGAUAUAAAGUCUAAGAUCUUUUAUAGGCUGAUGCAGAAUUUGUUACAGGAAAUAAUCACUGUCAGCUGGUGAGGCUAGCAUAGGGCUAACGUGUGCCAGGUUAUCUGAUGGGACCAGCUACAAUGUAGCGUUCUAUCACGUGCAAGUAAAUCAACAAUUUUAAUUGGCUGAUGCGCAUUUUGAGACUGAGAAACAGUUUAAAGUUAAAUAAUAGCAAUAACAAAAAGUCCACCUCAUAACCAUGUCCUCUCGCCACAGGAGAAAAUAGAAACAGGAAAUGGAGAUCACCCAUAGUUAAGAGUUGACAGAGAGGUCGAGCAGCUUUGCUUGUUUACUGGUUCCAGUGAGGUUGCGUAGUGUAGCCUACUCUCCCUGUGUGGCCCAGUGCAGACUGAUAGCUGCUGAUCCAUUGUAGUGAUACAGAGAUACUGGCAGACUGAUGGUCACAGUGCUGACUAUGACUGACGGACAAGAUGCAGAGUUGUCUAUUAAGCCUUCUCUACCACACCAUCGACUGCCCUGAACUGGAAGAGCAGGAUUUUUCAGCGGAUUUAUUCAGUUUGAUUGACUCUAUCUCUUAGUGCGGCUUAGUGAGACAAUUGCUGUCGGCCUUGAUGGCCGAAAUGCCCCAUCAAGAUCUGUCAAUUUCUUGGCUCAGGCUCCUAUUGCUGGCACGAAAUGUUACAUAGUGAAAUUCUUUCAGCACAGGUCUGAAUUGUUUUUGACUGGGAGAGUCACGCAACUGCUGUCAUGUCUGUGAGUGUUUGUGACCUUGCAAGGCUCUGUGUGUGCAAGUUGAUAUACUGUAGGUAGGUCUUCCACCCCUAGAUAGGCUUCUCUCAUUCACUUGGCCGAACUAAAGAUCAUUAGAAAUGCAGGUGAUUAUUGUGGAUGGCUUACAAUAGGUCAAUAUUCCUAGACAGUCAUGCACAGUAAACAUUGAGAUAUCAACCUUGCCUCACACAAUCCUACACACACAUAAUCACAGUGAUUCUCUCAUCUGCGUCCGUCAGACCAGAUUUUGUGUCUUCUGUCUGGUCUGCGAGUUCUGGUAAACUUACAUCCUGGUGACCCAGUUCAUAACAGCAGUUCAUUUCCAAGUUCCACUUCCUUUUUUUCCAUUACUGCUGAACUAGCUCUUUUACCCACUAACUAAACUCAGCAAAAAAGGAAACGUCCUCUCACUGUCAACUGCGUUUAUUUUCAGCAAACUUAACAUGUGUAAAUAUUUGUAUGAACAUAAGAUUCAACAACUGAGACAUAAACUGAACAAGUUCAACAUACGUGUGACUAACAGAAAUGGAAUAAUGUGUCCCUGAACAAAGGGGGGUUCAAAAUCAAAAGUAACAGUCAGUAUCUGGUGUGGCCACCAGCUGCAUUAAGUACUGCAGUGUAUCUCCUCCUCAUGGACUGCACCAGAUUUGCCAGUUCUUGCUGUGAGAUGUUACCCCACUCUUCCACCAAGGCACCUGCAAGUUCCCGGACAUUUCUGGGGGGAAUGGCCCUAGCCCUCACCCUCCGAUCCAACAGGUCCCAGACGUGCUCAAUGGGAUUGAGAUCCGGGCUCUUCGCUGGCCAUGGCAGAACACUGACAUUCCUGUCUUGCAGGAAAUCACGCACAGAACGAGCAGUAUGGCUGGUGGCAUUGUCAUGCUGGAGGGUCAUGUCAGGAUGAGCCUGCAGGAAGGGUACCACAUGAGGGAGGAGGAUGUCUUCCCUGUAACGCACAGCAUUGAGAUUGCCUGCAAUGACAACAAGCUCAGUCCGAUGAUGCAGUGACACACCGCCCCAGACCGUGACGGACCCUCCACCUCCAAAUUGAUCCCGCUCCAGAGUACAGGCCUCGGUGUAAUGCUCAUUCCUUCGACAAUAAACGUGAAUCCGACCAUCACCCCUGGUGAGACAAAACCGCGACUCGUCAGUGAAGAGCACUUUUUGCUAGUCCUGUCUGGUCCAGCGACAGUGGGUUUGUGCCCAUAGGCGACGUUGUUGCCAGUGAUGUCUUGUGAAGACCUGCCUUACAAUAGGCCUGCAACCCCUCAGUCCAGCCUCUCUCAGCCUAUUGCGGACAGUCUGAGCACUGAUGGAGGGAUUGUGCGUUCCUGGUGUAACUCGGGCAGUUGUUGUUGCCAUCCUGUACCUGUCCCGCAGGUGUGAUGUACUGAUCCUGUGCAAGUGUUACACGUGUUUUGCCACUGCGAGGACGAUCAGCUGUCCGUCCUGUCUCCCUGUAGCGCUGUCUUAGGCGUUUCACAGUACGGACAUUGCAAUUUAUUGCCCUGGCCACAUCUGCAGUCCUCAUGCCUCCUUGUAGCAUGCCUAAGGCACGUUCACGCAGAUGAGCAGGGACUCUUGGCAUCUUUCUUUUUGUGUUUUUCAGAGUCAGUAGAAAGGCCUCUUUAGUGGCCUAAGUUUUCAUAACUGUGACCUUAAUUGCCUACCGUCUGUAAGCUGUUAGUGUCUUAACGACCAUUCCACAGGUGCAUGUUCAUUAAUUGGUUAUGGUUAAUUGAACAAGCACGGGAAACAGUGUUUAAAGCCUUUACAAUGAAGAUCUGUACAAUUAUUACAACGUUUCUUUUUUUGCUGAGUUUAUAUGGUCCACAUUUCUCUUCUAAGUCUGUUAUUAUUAUGUGUUCGUUUGGAGGACUCAGGUUGAAUUCAGCUUUCACCAGCAGUCUCUUCACUGAAGGUGCAAAUAUUUUAGGUUUUUAUUACACCUUUAUGGUUUAUGUUAUCGACGACAUCAAUCAAAAUGUGUAGCAUCGCACCUUGAAGCUCUGCUCCUUUGACAAAUGACUACCUAGUCAGACGGGUGUAGUCGCAUAGCAGUAGCCCAACCAUCUCUGGAGUCUUUUUGCAUCUUCCAGCCAUCUCCAGUGGUGUGUUUCUGUCAUCCUUGAGUGGCAGAGCUGCCAGCCAUAGCACACCAGUCACCCGCUUCUCUUCCUCCAGGGAGGCUGUCUGUCUCGCCCGGCCCAGCCCAGAGCCUCUGAUCUGGGUGUUCUUUUUAGUAAGCUGGCCUGUGUCACCUCCAGGGUUUUACUAGAUAGAGACGUGAUGAAGGAUGACUAUAUGAGGUGAGGGAGAUUAGGAAAUGUAAUGAAUGAAAGCUGCCAAAACUAGUACAAGAGCCGUCACAAAAAGAAAGAGAUGUGUGUAACAUUACAAUACGUAGCCUAUUCAUCAUUAUAAACUGAGUGGUUCGAGCUCUGAAUGCUGAUUGGCUUACAGCCGUGGUAUAACAGACCGUAAACAAUUGGUAUGACAAAACAUUUAUUUGUACUGCUCUAAUUACGUUGGUAACUAGUUUAUAAUAGCAAUAAGGCACUCCUUGUUGCGUCGUACAUAAGAACAGCCCUUAGCCGUGGUAUAUUGGCCAUAUACCACACCUCCUCGUGCAUUAUUGCUUAAGUACGCAACUGUGUCAACGGUUCAAAGCCACAACACUGGUUAAACAGUGUUCGGGCUCACAGAGGAAAUAGCACUAAUAUGGAGUGCCGUUGCGUUGUGCUAUUGCAGAUUACAUUGGAGUUUUGCUCAGUUAUCCACUGACUGUUCAUAUUAGUCAGACUCACUAUCCUUCUGUCAUUGCUAACAUGUUUUUUCUUUCUUUUUCUUCCCUUGCUCUUUAUGUCUCCGUCUCUCAGAGAAGGACAGGUUGGUUUCCUCUGUGUCACCUCACGGCUACGGCUCCAGCGACAGCAGCGACAAGCAUGUUCACCACAGACCCAGCCAUGGCAACCCCCAGUUGCCCACGGCGAAUGCGGGGGGCUGGCUGGGGGCGGAGCAGGAAGAGGAGGCCCUGCGCAGGAAGCUCAAGUACUUCUUCAUGAGCCCCUGUGACAAGUUCCACGCCAAGGGCCGCAAGCCCUUCAAACUGGGCCUGCAGCUGCUCAAGAUUGUCAUUGUCACCGUGCAGGUAACUACACACAUCGACUCCCCCAUGACAGCCGCCAUUCUGCUUCAUAUGUACUUUGAGUGUAUGAACAAUAAAUGUUAAACGCCCUCAUGGCAAAGCUCAGGUUUUAUGGCGGGACCAACAAUCCUGAAGUCCCGAGUGGCGUAGUGGUCUAAGGCACUGCAUCGCAGUGCUAGCUGUGCCACUAGAGAUCCUGGUUCGAAUCCAGGCUCUGUCGUAGCCGGCCGUGACCGGGAGACCCAUGGGGCGGUGCACAAUUGGCCCAGCGUCGUCCGGGGUAGGGGAGGGAAUGGCCGGCAGGGAUGUAGCUCAGUUGGUAGAGCAUGGCGUUUGCAACGCCAGGGUUGUGGGUUCGAUUCCCACGGGGGGCCAGUAUGAAAAAUAUAAAAAUAAUGUAUGCACUCACUAACUGUAAGUCGCUCUGGAUAAGAGCGUCUGCUAAAUGACGUAAAUGUAAAUGUAAACUGACAAUUUGUUUCAUAUGGGUUAUGUUAUAGUUGUAGAACAGUCACUUUCCUUCAAUAAAACACCUCUCUGACUCCCUUCCUCCAUCAGCUGGUGUUGUUUGGCCUCAGCAACCAGAUGGUGGUGACGUUCAAGGAGGAGAACACAUUGACCUUUAAGCACAUCUUCCUGAAGGACUAUGACGAGGGCUCCGACGACACGUUCGCAGUGUACACACAGAGUGAUGUCUAUGAACACAUCUUAUAUGCCUUAGACCAGGUAACAGUCACUAAUGACACCUGGGUCAUGUUCAUUAGGGCAUGCAACGGAAAAUGUUUUUAAAAGGAAAAUGUUAAUGAGAGUUUCAGGAAAUCUCUCCGUUUGGUGCCUGAUGAACAAGACCCGGCAUACAGACUGAUAUGUAAACAUGUCCAUGCAGUGCAAAGAAGGACCACAUCUCGUCCCCUUCAUGAUUUCAUCCUCAACUUUCAACUAAAAGUCUCCAACUCUUAGGCCCUGUUUGAAUAUUUAGAAUGUAUCCUUUCCUGCCUGCAUCAUUUGAAGUAAUCACAGAUCUGAGCGAGUUUGAUUUCAUCCUCAACUUUCAACUAAAAGUCUCCAACGCUUAGGCCCUGUUUGAAUAUUUAGAAUGUAUCCUUUCCUGCCUGCAUCAUUUGAAGUAAUCACAGAUCUGAGCGAGUUUGAUUGGUGAAAGCGGUAGUGUGGAAACGUUCACUAGUUACGUUCACUAAUCGUCCACUAAUCCGCAUAGAGAUCAGUGCUUACCUCAAAUUAUGGAGGAAAGAGGGAGGAGUUAUUUUAAAAUAUUAGAGCAGGGCCUUAUUCUCCAUCCUUGUACCCUUCCUCCUCCCGCACAGUAUUUGGUGCUACCCGAGACCACGGUGGGAAGCUAUGCGUAUGUCUAUGGGGUCGGGGUGAACGGGAGUGCCCUCUCUCUCUGCCAGCAGUACUACAAGAAGGGCAGCAUCGAUCCCGCCAAUGAUACCUUCAACAUUGACCCUCAUGUUAUCACAGGUACGUGGAUAUACUUUCUUGCAUUAUGCCAGCGGUCCCCAACCCUGGUACUAGAGCUAGGGCCCUGGUCAAACGUAGUGCACGCCAUAGGGAAUAGGGUGCCAUUUGGGACUCAACCUAAAUGUAGUUCUGUUCCAAAACGCCUGAUUUGGCUUAUCAUUCUUUUGAUGAUUAGUUGACUGGUUGAAAAAGGUUGAGUUUUGUGCCAGAUUUGAACAAAAGCCUGCACGCCUUGUAGCUUUUCAGGGCCAAGUUUGGUGAUUGACCAUUGCUUUAUGCCCUAGCCUUGUCUAGCCUGAAGUUAAGUUAUUUAAUUUACUGUAACAAUGGGGACUACCCAAAGAGUUGCUAAGCUGCUUAUUUCCAGUACCACGUCAUAUUUUCAGUAACAGUUCAUCGUAACUGUAUAAUUUUUUAUUGACUAAACAUGUGUAUAAGUACUGUAUUGUUCCCCAAUCAUGUGAAUGUAGCAGAAAGCCCCACUUCCUUAUAUGAGCUGACACUUGAGACAAUACUACUGACUAAAAGGGAAACACAUUAAACAAUAAAAAUCACCUGGUAUUGAAAUGGCCUGCCCUUUGACUCUUGACAUGAUCACCAGAACAGAAUAACCAUAGACAUAUAAUUACUAGAACAGAUGUUUAUUUCAGUGUAAUGGUAAUUCUAUUUCAAUGUAAUUCUAUUUCUAUAAGGAAAAACAUUGACAGCCCCUGAAAUGACUAACUUCUCUCUCUCUCUGUCCCUCUGUCCUGUUACUAGAAUGUGUGGGGGUUAACCCUCUGUCGGUCCCUCAAGCGCCUUUAAGCAUUGACUACAAGAACUUUACCCUCAAGUUCCACAAGUAAGGCUUCAUUUUUCAAAUGUUUUCUGUCUGUCUACAACUAAGAUAGAUGGGACAUCCAUCUUUGUAGUAUCUGACUGUUGACAAGUGAUUGUAUCUCUCACACACAUCCACAAACUGUUUACACACUACCUAUAGCCCUGGGUUAUGUUCAUUAGACGCCAAACAGAAACUAACAAAAACAGGGAGGGUCUACCUUGACUUGUCCAAUAAGAAACAUACGUUUUUGUUUUGUGUUUGAAAAUGUUUCUCUCUGCUUUCACUUUGACACAACCCUGGUAUCCCUCUUCAUUUUUUAUUUUCACUCUUUAUUGUCUAGACUCAUAAACGUGACGAUACAGUUCCAACUAAAGGCCAUCAACAUUCAGACCAUCAUCAACAACGAGAUUCCUGACUGUUACACGUUCUUCAUAACGGUGAUUCCCUCCCCCACCACUUCCUGCUAAUGGUCCUACCCAGUCUGUGACUCAUUGUAACCUUUUUAGUGUGUAGUAGUUGCUGUGGAAACCUGUAUAUUAGAGGUAACCUAUAACCUGUUUCUUAUAUUAUUCCUUGAAGAGUCCACCACUGUUUUUUCUAUGUUUAAUAUUACAGCAAGUGCUAGUACCUGUAUCAAAGUCUGAUCUGUUGUUUUUUCCAUCUGUUUCUACAGAUAGUCCUGGACAACAAGGCUCACAGUGGUAAAGUGAGGAUCAGUCUGGAAAACCAGGCUUUUAUAAAGGAGUGUAAAGACCCCAGUGUGUCUGGCCAUGGUGAGAUAGAGACGUUUUUUUUUAUUAAACAUUUAUUUCACCAGAGUAAUAUUAAUUAGAAACCAAACGGGAGAAAAUGGACUGAAAUGUAGGGACUACCUGAACGUCUUCCGUUGGCAAAAUAUUUUUCUACGGUGUGCCCUAAUUAUUAUGACCCAAGAGAAUCUCUUGAGGGUGAAAACCAGUUUUUUUCGAGAGAGACCUGGUAAGAGAGUCAAAAAUAAAUAAAUAAAAAUCAGCGUGUGCAAAGGUCAAUACAAAACUAUUGACCAAACAGAAAUUACACACAUAUUGACCAAACAGAAGUUAACCGGUACAGCUUGUACCACAAGACAAAGACUAUGUAAACACUAAGCAAUUUCCCCUAUCGCCAUCUUCAUUUGACCUCCUAAGACAUUUCUAAACGUCGCGUAAGAAUUUUCCCUUAGUCAUGCAUUGAUGUCAAUGUGAAAUGUUGACUUAAGUGGAAGUAAGUAUUCGCCCCUAUGCUUCUACUUGAUUAAAGCCACUGAAUUCUCUCUCUUUCCUUCCCUCCCUUCCUCUCAGCGGAGAACUACACGCGGCUAACGUUUGACGUGGUGGUGGCGAUCGUUUGUAUGCUGUCCCUGGUGCUGUGUGGCCGCUCCAUACUCCGAGGCAUCAUACUACAGGCCGUAAGUUACUGGGAGGUAGAGGGUAGGAAGAGACAAAGUGGUUAGAAGGAGGAACAUCCAAUCUGGUGGUCCUCUUUUGCUCAGUUUGUAUAGCAUGGCUCUUGCAACGCCAGGAUAGAAGGUUCGAUUCCCGGGACCACCCAUACGUAAAAUGUAUGCAGGCAUGACUGUAAGUCACUUUGGAUAAAAGCGUCUGCUAAAUGGUAUAUAUUAUCUGAGAACAUACUGUAGAUACAUUUGUUUGCUUGUUAUAGGGUUGGGGAGUGGGGUGGAAGAAAUAUUAUAAAAAAAUUGUUGUUGUUGAUGGGAGUGGAUUGGCAUUCUUUGAAGUGAUUCCACUUUUGGAGUAAUGUUCUGCAACACGAAAACCGAGAAUGUGUGAAUACUGGUCUUUCCAGUAGGGCCACCCAACUCCUCUCUGUCUCUGGGUAACAGGAGUUUGUCGAGUUCUUCAAGACUAACCUGGGCCGGAAUGUAAGCUGGGAUGAAAGGAUGGAAUUCAUCAAUGGCUGGUACAUCCUGCUCAUCAUCAGUGACGUCCUCACCAUCAUCGGCAGCUUCAUCAAGAUCAGCCAUCGAGUCCAAGGUCAGUCCCCCUCUAGGGGACCUUUUUCUGUACUGCUCAGAGUAGAAUAGAAUAGCUUUAUUUUUCCCAGAGAAAAAUGCUAAAGAAUUAUUUGAAAUCGCCAGCCAAAAAAUCUUCUCAGUUUGGGUAAUGACAAAGACAGUUGUGCUAAGCUCAUGAGGCAUUUAUGAGUUGUAUAUCUCCCUACAGAAUUUUUCGUCGUAUGACGAGUGUGGCAUCCUGUUGGGGACCUCCACCUUGUUGGUGUGGGUUGGAGUCAUUCGCUACCUCAGCUUCUUCCAGAAGUACAAUGUAAGUUGCCUACAGUAUACAUACACACACACACACACACACUAACGAUGACAGGGAUUCACCCACAGUCCUGGCUCUCUCCCUCUUAGAUCCUGAUCGUGACCUUGCGAGCUGCGUUCCCCAACGUGAUCCGGUUCUCCUGCUGUGUAGCUGUGAUCUACCUGGGCUACUGCUUCUGUGGCUGGAUCGUGCUGGGGCCCUAUCACGUCAAGGUACAGACUGCCACCAUUUUGAAGCACAGACAGAAAUGCUAACAGAAGAAGAUCUAGGCCAAUAGCAGAGUGGGCCGGCAAAUUGAUUGAAAAGGAGAAAGUGAAUCUGGAGGGGGACACCCCAUAUGGUUCAGUGAUGAUUGCACAAUUGUGCAUUGUGGGAUUUUACACAAUAAUGAUGUACUGUGAUAAUAAUAUGUGAUUUGUGUAUUAUUAUAAUUCAAUAUUUACUGGCCCUUAUGGAUGUAAUUUUAUUUUUUAUGUUUGUGUGUGUACUGAAUCCUCAAUAAUUUUGAACCAAUUCACUGUUUAUAUCAUACAGUGAGAAAGGUCAUGUUAAGUCAUAUGGUUGUCUGUGUAAUUUAGGUCUCUCUCCUUAUCGUAUUCAAUUCAUUAAGCUGUAUUGCUAUGAAAUACAUGAGACGUAACUGUUUCCCUAUCUCUCUCCCCCUCUCUCUCCCUCCGUCAGUUCCGCUCUCUCUCCAUGGUGUCGGAGUGCCUGUUCUCGCUGAUCAACGGCGAUGACAUGUUUGUGACCUUCUCGGAGAUGCAGGAGAGCAGCAUGCUGGUGUGGGUGUUCAGCCAGGUCUACCUCUACACCUUCAUCUCCCUCUUCAUCUACAUGGUGCUCUCGCUCUUCAUCGCCCUCAUCACCGGCGCCUACGAAACCAUCAAGGUAACAACAAAGGGCAACAUUUUCCUCAGGCAAAAGAGCACAGAUCUGUGUAAAAACAAAAAUAGUAAAACUCAUAAUCUGCUGUGUGAUUUAAUUAGAAAAUGUUCUUCAACGAUGUACGUUUAUAGAGACCAAGGUACAGCCAAGAGUCAUGAGACUUUAAAGCCCUUUAUCUAAAUAUUAUCUAUGAAGGAAGUUAGAGGUCAUUUCUCAAGCCAUUGCUAACUAGCGUUACGGAAGUGACUGGAAGACUAUAAUAUCUACUAGCAUGCUUGCAGUUACCCUGAACUUCCAGUCAUUGCUCUAACGCUAGUUAGCAAUUGCGCUAAGUCUAGUUAGCAACUUCCUUCAAACUGCACACCGAGACAUAAAAAUAGUAUCCACGAGUUCAUCUGACUCUGGGGAAGUAGAUAAAGGACUUAAUUGCCAACAUCCCGAAGUAUCCCUUUAAACGGACUCUAAUCCAAAUGAAUGUAAAAGAUAAGCACUGUAUAAUUUCUUAUUUGGUGCUUGUCUUUUACAUUCAUUUGGAGUUGAGGCGUAUAGCUGGGUUUACACAAUAACUUCUGUGGGAUGUGGAUUCAUAUUUAGAGUUGCAUUCCUCAUAAAGAACAGUCAAUGUUCACUGCUCAUAGCGGUACAAACAGAAGCUAAUUACAAACAACAACACCUAGUGAAAGCCAACCGAUCAUGAUACACACAGUGGUUGCGUCCCAAAUGGCUCCCUAUUCACUAUAUAGUGCACUACUGCCCUGGUCAAAAGUAGUGCACUUCAUAGGGAAUAGGGUGCCAUUUGAGAUGCAGAGAGUGAGUAACCUAAACAUGGAUGCCUGUUUCCUCUCCUGUCCCUCCAGCACCAAACCCAGGAGCCCUACCACAUUACGGACCUGCACGCCUUCAUCGCAGAGUGCACUGACACGCCCAGCUCGGGGAAGUUCCAGGGCCUUGAGACCUCGCCCUGCUCCUUCUUCUGCUGCUGUGACAGGUGGGUCAGAGGGCACAGGUCAAGACUGAAGUUAGCGGUCAAGGCCGGGUUCAGAAACCACCCUCCAGCGCCUAACCUCUUCAGUGUUUGCAGAUCUGAAGGAGUCAGAUGGGUGUAAGAUGAUGGUGAUGGCUCCACCUAGCCUUGAUGGGGAUGGAUUUGAGUCUGUAGAAAUGAACAGCAGUAGAUGCCACUUGAAUAACCAGACAAUAACAGAUGCAUUCACUGUUAUCCUUUCUAUCAUGGUUGAGAGACUGUGUAUGUGUAUGUGCUAUCUACAUGUGUAUGUGCUAUCGUGUAAACAAUGUUUGUUUCUUCCCUCAGAACGACAACAUACGAGGAUGUCCUUUUGGUGAACUGACUGGGCUGGGGUGUCUGGACCUACAGCGCUUUCUGCUGGCCGGAGCGCCACACUGCAUCCAGAUUUUCAUUGUCGUUACCAUCAAAUCUGGGUCAGACAUGAGCACGUACUUGAAUGAGGAACCUCAGUUCAACCAUGUACAGACAGAGGACUAUGAGCUGAAAGCCUAG